UCACCGAGCAUUCUAUCACGGUGAUUCGUUGUGAAUGCGUUGUCCUUCGUUAACGUGUCUCGCGAAAGUGUUAGUCAACCACUCGUGUUUGUUUUAAUCGUAUUCUAAGUGAGUUAAUGUGUGGAUCCCAAUGUCGUCCACAGGAAAAUUCACCUCAGACGAGAUCCUGGGCGAGUCAUGGGUGGAAUUGAAUCUCGUGCCCGACAGGGUAACACCGUUACCGUUCAGUAGUGGUGGAGAAGAAUAUUUGCGACUUCUUAGGGAAGCGCAAAGGGAUUCUCUGCCCUCGUCCGCUAGGCAUUCUUUGGCAUCUUCCCGUAAAGGCACGCCGAGAGAUAGCCCAAAGAGUCCUCCGAACAGUCCGAACACAGAAUUAUCUACCGAAGAUGAGCUCAAAGGAGUCUAUAUAAAUUACUGCUGCAACAAGGAAGCCGCCGAGCUUUUGGAGAAGAACACCGAUUGGAUUUACGAAUGGAGCUCGCGUCCAGAUCAAGCACCACCGAAAGACUGGAAGUUCAAGCAUCCUCAGAGAGUGAAUAAAAAGAAAUCUUAUAGCAUUCGUACGACAAAAGUGGGCAAGGUUGGGUUGUUCUCAAAAGAGGUCCUUUAUACUCUUUUUAUCACAAACAUUCUCUCUGUCUUGGUUGGAGCUGGCCUGGGGGUUUGGUUGUCCAGGCGAGGAUCGAUAACGUCCAGCGUGACCAUCGAAUGAAAGAAAAGAACAGUCAGGGACGCAAGAGUCAGGAUUGCUGCGCUAGAGUUUGCAAGAAAACGGAGUAAUGAAUUGUCGUUUAUGUGGAGCCGCUAGAAAGACUGAAAUGCCAAGAGAUAAAGGGUCGAUUGAGCCUAACGAAACACGCAACAUAUUGUUUCGAUUACCACAAUUUAAUAUUAGCACUUUUUAUUCUAUUCUUCCUUGUCCGAAAGAAACUUAACGGUAUACUUAUUGAAACGCCGUAUUAUUGUGUAAAGUGUGAGUCAUAUGCGAUUAUGCGAUUAAACGAGAAAACGAUAAAAAAAAAAAAAGAAAAAGAUACGAAGAAAAGAAAAAAAGAUUAUAAUAUGAUUUAUAUAUUCAGUGUUAUUGAGAAGGUGAAAAAGUCCAUUUUAUACCGUUUGUAAUGCGUUUCUAUCAGUGAUAGUCUAUAGGUAUAGCCUGGGUAGUAUUUAUCGAUAAUAAUAAUUAUUAGUCAUUAAUUAAACAAAAAAUAAAGGUUUGAGAGAAAGAGAGAAAGAGAGAGAGAGAGAGAAAGAGAGAAGAACGUAAUAAAGAAUGUUUGUGCAAGAAGAGAUUUAUCGCUUUAUGUAUGAUGAUCCAAGAAGAUUAAUCUAUGAAACAAAAGAAAAAGCACGAAGGCUUUUUGCAGUGAGAGAACAAUAUACACAUAGUAACAGUUACACCUCCGUUUAGAUUACGAAUGCCCUACUGUAUUGAGUUUUGUGUUGUUAUAUCAAAUACCUUUAUUGUUGGGAUGAAUCCGAAAAAGUGUCUUUUGCCAUUUAUUUCGGAGUGCAAUGUGAAAGAAAAAGUAGGCGUUGUAUUUAAUUAAUGAAAAUUCAUCUUUUUACAAAAUUGCAAGCAGCAACUGCUAUAAGUUUUAAUAACGUAUGAUACAAUUGCUUAAGUAACUGAGAAAAGUUAAUAAUUAUCGUUCGAUUCUCAUACCUUUUGAUUUUGUAAAGUUAAUAUUCUAAAGAUGGUGUAUAGGAAAGAGUAUAAUACAGCAUGUUCUAUUGAUAUUUCUUUGAUUUUAGGUAUGUAUAAUGUAUGUUUUGAAUACCUGACGGAAAUUUUAUACGGCAUGAAUACUUUAAUAUUAAACAAUGGAUAAGGAUUUUUGAAAAGUAGUGAUAAGCAGAUGAUAAAAAAUAAUGAAAAAAAAAAGAAAUAAUACAAAAAUAAGGUAAAAUGUAAUAUUGUAUGAUCCGAUAAAUUUUAUUUAUAAUCGAAGAAAUGGUCUGUAACUUUCGUAUUACAAGGUCUUUCGAAGGGUUUAAGUUUUUAUUUCAUUGAAAGAUAAGCAUAUUAUUAAUUUAUAAUUUUAUGUGUUAAAAAAAGUUUCAAUUUUUUCGUAUAAUUAAUAUACGAGUCGCUUUGCGCAUUAGCACAAUGUGUGAUUUGUAUUCGAUUAUUACGAAAUAAAAGACUCGAUAUUAAUCGUAUCACGUUGACGAUUUUUCGAUAUAACGUUUUUCACAGAAUAUGAUAUAAAUAUAUACAUAUGUAUUAAGUGUAAGAUGAUGUAUAUUAUAAGAAUAAUACGUAAUCAAUGUAAGUAGAAGUUAGAAUUGCAAGUCUUUUGUAUUUUCAAUAUAAUUCUAUAUAUUCUA